UGCAGGGUGGCAGCCUGUGGACCGGGUGGCAACCUUCCACACCAUUGACUUCAGUUUUAUUUUAAUUAAAAUUUGAUUUGUGCAACAAGAAAACGCUGAAAGCAGAUCCAAACAGUGAUCAAACAGCUUAAGUGAUGGCGUUGCAUGAGCAUGCGGAGCUCAAAGAUUUGCAAAUAUUUGAGCUGCGUCCGCUUAUAACGAAUUUCAGCUGCAAACUGUCCGCCGUCACAGUGACACCGUUCGAUGAAAAACAAUUCCUGUGUUUGGUCAGCGAGGAAAAUGAGAUUGUGUUGCGUUAUAUCAGCACGGCAGGUGCCCAGGAGGUGCUCAAGAUGAUUUCCUGGUUUCGACGCACCAAUCGUGUCAUUCAUGACGUCUGUUUCGAUCCUACGGGUGUUUGGCUUUUGGUUCUGUGUUUCGACAAUACUCUGCAUAUUGUGCCCGCUUUAUCUCUGGUCGACAAAUCGCACAAUCUGGACGCCUGUUCCGUGUACAGCACCACACAGGUGACAUCCUAUAUAAUACCGUUUGUGGGUCCCCACGAGUGUCCCAAUUCAAAGAAGUGUCCAAAUCAUUCCACGGAACUGAACGACUCACAUCAGCUGGAUGACUUGGCAGAGCAACUGCAACAUGUUAAGCUAGAUAAAGAGCCCGAUCAUUUGGAUGAGGAUGAGGUGAAAGAGGAGGAGCCUUUGGGUCAUGACUUGCCCGAGCAUAUGCUGGCCAAUGGUCCCUCAUCGGCAGCGGCAGAGGCGGCGACUGCGGAGCAAUCCGUCCAACACAAGGCAGCGAUCUUUGAUGCCACGGGCAACAGUCAAGUGAUGGCCACAUCCUUUAUGGCAUCCAAGACCUGUCCGUAUCCACUGUCUGUGGUUUGGUGGAAGACUUACUGUGGCCUGAAUCGUGCCAUCAUUGGUUACUCCGAUGGCUCCAUCUGUUUUGUGGGUCUCAGUCCCAACUGUCCAAUGAUAGCCAGUACAUCCAUCCAAAAUGGCUCCGUCGUGCGUUUGACAAUCAGCAAAGAUAAUACCUUCGAUGGCGUCAUGUUGCUGAUCACCUCAUCGUUGAAGGAACAAUAUAAACUGCUGCUCGAGCAGAAGGCCAUCAUGUAUGUGUAUCCUGGUGAUAGCUCACCUACAACACGUGAAGGCGCCUGGCAGAUUGUCAUGUCCGUACAUUCAAGAUAUCAAAAUCAACUUGGAAAUGAUGCGCGACAGAGUAACAGCUCCGAUCCGGCGUCUGAUAGCAGUCAAUUGGAGGAGGAUGUAUUUGCACCCGCAGCUGCCGGCGAUGAAGUAGCGCCCAACACACAAACAGCUCCUCCAGCUGCAACUGCAACUGGUCCGUUGGCACCCAGUGAUAUCAAUAGUUGCCUGCCACCAACUCCACCUCCUGCGCCGCCUGCCUACAGCGAAAGCGGCAUACGUUACCAACAACAGUUGUCCGCCAACAGCUUCGAUGGUAUUCUACCUGCCACACGUGCACGCCUCGCUUCGCUCAAGAGUCUGGGCUCCAAGAAGCUGCAGGCCAUCAAAAUGCGUUUGUCGGAUCAGCGGCAAAAGAUUGAUGAAUUUAUGCCUGAAACAAAUUCGGGUACAUUGGCCAUCAUGGAUUCACCAUCGGUGACGCCGGAACCGCUGGGCAACACCCAAGGCUCGUUUUACAACAUACAGAACCUGCGUAGCACGUAUUUGUUGAGUGCAUUGCACAGCAACAGUUGCAGUCUGACCGUGCACAGCAUCGAUAUUAAUUUGAAGCCAUUGUUUCUGUACAAGAUCCCCAAGCACUGUGUGGAUAUACUAAUUAGCUCUAAUAUACUGUAUGGUGUACAAUAUGUGGAUCUAAACAGUCACCAUGACACCAAUAGCUCCACUGCGGCAUCGUCGCUUGAGGAACCGCUGCUAGCGAACACGGAGAAGGAAAGUCUUGAUGCCGACACCGAGAAAUUGGAGCACGUUGAGCCGGGUAACAAUACCACCAAGAGCGAUGAAACGAGCGCAACAACGACAAGUGCAUCGAGCAUCGAUCAAAGUGAUGCCCAAAUGCCCAGUAAUGCCAUCAAUGCAGUCAGUGUCAUCAGCAGCGCAAUGGCUUCACUGCAUACCACCGAUGAUGAUCGCUUUAAUCAUCAGGCACAGUUGGCGCUAUUUCGCUUCGAGCAGGAAACUGUGCUCCAUCUGUAUCAGAUGGCGCAGUUUCGCGGUGACAACCAGCCGGUGGAAACUCUAACGAAGGAUGAAAAGGCAAAGGCAUUUGAGAUCAAGGACAUACACACACCAAUGGACUACGUACAGUUCUAUGAGACAGCCGAUGUUAAUAGUGAAUUUUCAUUGCGUCAAAUGGAGAUAAUGCAGGCGGAAUUCCCAAAAAUCAAUUAUGAUCCUUGCUAUGUCAUAACAAAUAAGAAUGUCUACACCAUACAGCUCAAGAAGGAACCAUUUGAACUGUUUCUAGACGCCGCACUGUUAAGCUCAUGGAAUCAAUGCCGAGAGUUUUGCAACACCUUUGAUCUGUCCUUUGAACACUGCAUCGAGUUUGCCGGAGAUUAUUUGUUGCGCCGCAAGAAGAUUACCCAAGCACUGAUCACGUAUAACGUGGCGAGGGUUAAACCCAUCCGUACUGCCCUCAAGCUGGCCAUGUAUGGACACACCUAUGCGCUGAUGCAGUUGAGUGCCAUGGCCUUGAAAUCAUCGUAUCUGUUGCGAUCGCGACAUUUGUGCCAUCCGCUGCUGAAGAGCAUUCUAUCGGAUGUCACCUAUCGUCAUUCUGAAGAUGUGCGUAAUAUUCUGCCAUUAAAUGUGAAGGAUGCAGAUGCGGUGGUCAACAGUGGAGUCUCCUGCAGUGAUUAUCACUAUGGCGUCGAUGAAUCAAUUAGUGCACUGCAAAUGUCACCAUCGUCUCAGUUUCAUUUGGCCAAUUUGCUGCUGAUAACGCUAGCCGAAAAGGCAGUCAACGAUAAGAAUUAUCUACCUCUGUGGAACUUUUUGGUGACCAACAGCAAGUAUCACACCAAUAUGACCAGCAUUGUCCUGUGCCAGAGUGGACUCUUCUCCGCCGCAAUAAUAUUGGCUAAGGUGCGUGGUGUUUGCCUGGACACAUUUAAUGCAUUGGUCAGCGUUGUUGGCCAAGAGUUUGGCUGGUACAAUGAGCUCAAUGUCUGUCUGUACAAUCUUAGCCAAAACAUUUUCAUAGAGACUAUCACAUACUUGCCGCUCGUGUCCAUGGAUUAUUUUAGUUUCAUUCAAGACAAGCUAGAACAUAUAAGGCCCUGUGUAUUGCAGCGUCUGUCCGCGCAGUUAAAUCCUUUUGCAGCAGCACUGCGUCCCAUUGUAUCAUACAGUUCCAGCAGCUCGUCAAGCAACAAUGACAAUAAUGCGCAUCUCUUUGAGUUCUGCAAAUGUCUAAUUGAAACAUAUUUGGCCGUGCUCAUCCAUAUGGAAUCGCAGCGUGUUAAGCAUGAUUCCAUUGUAAAUGCUUUGUCGAAUUUUCGCAUUAAUUAUGAGGACAAUCAGUUUGCCAUUGCAUCAUCGAGGUUCAAGCCAAUCUCCGCUGGUUGCGCCUACUGCGCGUGUGUGGUCGAUGGUGUUGCCUAUUUCUGGGGCUCCAGCGGUGUGCCCUGCUGCUUUAGCGCCCAGAAAUCAACAGAACCGCCUGAGCCUGCGCAUGCUGUAAAGACAUUGGAGCUGCUGUCCCAACUUAAUUUGGAAGUGCAUGCACUCAAAUGUGGACGUCAGCACACACUCAUAUUGACCAACAAUGGCCUGUAUGCCAUGGGCAACAACAGUCUUUGUCAGCUGGGCAUCGGACAGCACAUGCAAAUGGCGCUGCAACCGAUGCUGGUGACGGCUUUGGAUGGCAUGAACAUCACCAUGCUGGAGGCUGGACAAUAUCAUAAUGCGGCCGUUGUUGAUGGCAAGCUCUACAUGUGGGGCUGGGGCAUCUAUGGUCAACUUGGCAGUGGCAGCUGCGAGAACAUUGCCACACCAACACUAGUCAGUUUCUUCAAGUACAAGAAAGUUUUACAAAUAUCGCUGGGACAUGCGCACACUUUGGUGCUAUGUCAGGCCAUCCACAAUAAUUACUCAGAGGCUAAUCGCAGUGACAACGAGCUCUUUGUGUUCGGCUCUAAUCAUUUUGGCCAGCUUGGUAUUGGCAACAAUGAGCAGACGGAGACAAAGACGAGUCUACCGCUACGCCUGAACCUGGGCGACUGCAGCUUAAGACUGAUACACACGAAAUUUUUUACAAAUUUAGCUGUAGACGAGGAGGAACGUAUGUAUACCUGGGGCAGUUCACCGCAGGCUCUGCGUCUGGCCAAUCAAAUAAAGCGUCGCGCCAACGCCAAGCAGAAGCUGGAGGAGAAUCAUCAACGCGAGAUGCUAAGUAGAAGGCUGGAGGAAACUCUGCUGCCGGCCUCCAAUAGCAGUAGUGCUUUGGUGGAACCAAGUACAUCCUAUGCAGCUGUUGUUGUUGGCGCUAUUCCCAAGCCCAGAGUAGAAACCAAAGAGUCCAAGGAAAAAGAGGCUAUGAUAUCGAAUGCGAGUGAAAGUGUCGGCUCCAAAUUGACUACGGGAGCGACGGGAACUGCAUCUACAUCGACUGCUCCACAGCAACCCACUGAACCGGAUCCCACGGAGCAUAUGACGCCACAUCUGGUGGACACCAGCGAGGUGGCUGGACAGAUACUGCAGAUCUCCAGCGGAUUGUUUCACUUUGCUCUCAUAUCGUCAACGUGCACUUUGUAUACGUGGGGAAAAAAUCUGGAGCAUCAGCUUGGCACCGAGGACAAGGAUCGGCGUGCUGUGCUGAAACCAUCGCCCAUUGACAGCAUCGAGAGGCCAAUGUAUGUGGAUUGUGGUGCGGAUUUCACGCUUGUCAUGACCACCGAUCAUAUUGUGAAGGCUUUCGGUGGCAACUCGAACGGACAAUGUGGUCGCGACUUGGGCGCCAGUCUGGAUCGGAUGCGACAGCGUGUCGUCUGUCUGCCCACGACAAAGCGAUUGAUGCGUUUCGAGAGUCAAUGUGUUGAGGCGCCGGUGGAAAUUAAUUUGCCACGUCCACGCAUACGUCUGGAUCAGGAUCCUGUGCGUUAUCUGAAGGUGAUUCCGCCGUAUCAACCACAUUUUCUGCAGCAGGCAAAUAUUAACUUUGAGCAACACAAUUCGUUGGCAACGCUCAAUUAUAAAUCCAGCACGGAGCAAGCGGGCACGGGACAGGACUCGGAUGAUCUGCUGAGCAGUCUGGAGAAUUUGAGUCACAACGAUGCGAGCUACUCGUUUAAUGCACCACAAUUGGCCGAUGGCAAUAGCUCACUGGAUUUGGAUUAUUCGCCGGAGGAGCAGAGCUAUUUACCAUUGCCGAAUCAAGCAUUGCCAAGUCAGCAAGCUGCGCUGCUGGGAGGAUGUGAUGAUGAUGUGAGCAGUUGUACGCCCAGUUCAGGGGCUGCAGAUGUUCUGCGUCAUUACAUACAUUACUGUCUGUAUGCCUUUCAAGGCUUGUACAAUCCCGAUAAAAUUGGUGCGCAUCGUAAUGAGUAUCGCAUACGCAUAUGUAUGCUCAACUUUCGUUUUGUGGAGGCCUUUCAACUAUGUCUGCACAGCUGUGACAAUGCCCAGCGGACACUGAAACUCUUUGAGUACUUCAGCAAGGAUACGGGCUAUGUGCCACUGCAUCGUUCCGAUCUCAAGCAUCUCAUCUAUCACAUGUGUGUGCAUUUUUUGGAGCACAAAUUCGAUAUGCUGGAGUGUGAGCGUUACUUUAUGGCCGAUCUCGAUUACUACUGGCUGGAGUUGGCAUAUGUUUUCUAUUUUAACAACAAUAAUACGGCCUUGGAACAGAAUCUCAACCAGAAGUUUAAAGAAUUGAUGGCAGCAACGGAUUGUAAUCAAUCGACGGUGAAUGCAUUGCAAUUGCAGGAUACGGAUGCCAUUUUUGAUAGUUUUACGGUCAAAUUUAAGACGAUUCUCUGCCAGCGUUUGCUCAGCUAUUGUGAUGCGGAUGCCACUGAAGCGAAUGCCACCAGCAAUUAGCAUUGGAUACAUCUUGGUUCUUGCUUUGAAUUCGCUUAGUUAUGGAACAAAUUUUCUCAAUUAAGUUGAUAGUUUUGUUACCCUCUUUAAUUGUUUGUUCUUUCAUUAUUACGGUUGUAAUUUAAAGUUAUUUCUUGUGAGUACCAAGAUCCACAUCCACACCAAAGAUCAGAUAAUGGCGUGUCUCACUCUCCACUCUCUUCACACAUACAUAUAUACAUAAGUAAAUAUUACAUAUUAUUAUAUAUUAUAUUAACUAUUAUCUAUUACCCGCCCACACACACACACACACACAUACACAUGUUUAUACUUAAUUACAUAAUUGUUGCGCAUAUAUUUAUAUAAAUAGCUUUUAUAGCCAUGU